GAUUCACAGCGUCUAGAGUCGAUUUAGUCGUCUCUGUAACAAGGUUCGGUCCUUAACGCAUCUCCCUCUCUUUCCAUCGUUCUUCCCUCUCUCUCUCUCUUUUUCUUUAAUCUUUAUUCAACAAGUCAAGAAACCUUCAAAUCUCUUAGUUCCUGCAAUUUGAGCUGUUCGCAACAAGAGGAUCUUGAUAUGUGUUUGAUUCUUCUUAAUUGAUGUGAAUAUGAUACCUUUCCAUAGAGAUUGCUUGAAGCAUGUUUUUUCUAAGCAGCAAUUUAUCCAUUCACUCUGUUCUACAAACCCAUUUCACCAAUUCUUUGAUUCUUCUGACAUUUUCCCUGCAUUGAACUCUCCGACCCUUUACCCUGUUGUUUCCCAUUAUUCCAAUCCCAUCAACAAUUACUUCAAUGCCAAAACCCAUAACAAAAUUACCCCAAUUUGCAAAAUAUGGUCAAUUGCAACUGGACAUACAUUUGGGUGUUUUUCAUUAUGUGAAUGUUCCCUUUAUUCGACUAAAGCUCCCUCGAGAUCAUGGAGAAGGAGGAACAGCAAAAGAGAAAAAGCCAACAGCAAACCUGUUCUUGAUGAGGAGAGAUUUCAGCGGGCUGUUUCACAACUCCCACCGAGACUCACUGCUGAAGAACUUUGCAAUGUGAUAACUCUAGAAGAAGAUCCUCUAGUGUGCUUGGAGCUAUUCAAGUGGGCGGGGCAGCAGCCAAGGUUUAGGCAUGAUGUGUCUACUUAUCACAUUACCAUAAAGAAGCUUGGUGUUGCAAAAAUGUACCAAGAAAUGGAUGAUGUUGUUAACCAGGUGCUUGCAAUUCCUUCUAUUGGUUCUGAGGCUCUCUACAAUUCAAUUAUUUACUUUUUUACAGAAGCAAGGAAGUUGGUUAGAGCUGUGAAUAUAUUUAAUCAUAUGAAGAAUUGUAGAAAAUUGGAGUGCAGCCCUUCUAUCAGAACGUAUAACAUUCUUUUGACGGCCAUGUUAAGUAGGGGAAGGAAUUCGUACAUAAAUCAUAUGUAUAUGGAGACAAUUAGAUGUCUGUUUAGGCAAAUGGUCAAUGAUGGGAUUGAACCUGAUAUUUUUGCCUUGAAUUCUAUGAUAAAGGGAUAUGUUCUUUCUCUUCAUGUUAAUGAUGCUUUGCGGAUAUUUCACCAGAUGGGUGUGGUCUAUAACUGUGUUCCGAAUGCUUUCUCGUAUGAUUAUCUGAUUUAUGGGUUGUGUGCACAAGGUAGAACAAACAACGCUAGGGAGUUGUCUGAGGAAAUGAAGGAAAGAGGGUUUGUUCCUAGCAGUAAAUCAUAUAACUCUCUUGUGAAUGCUUUGGCCCUUGCUGGAGAGACUAAGGAGGCAGUGGAUUAUUUAAGGGAGAUGAUUGAAAAACGGAGGACAGUUGAUUUCAUUACGUACAGAACUGUCUUGGAUGAGAUUUGUAGAAAAGGAAGAGUUGGAGAAGCGAUGGGGUUUUUAAAGGAGUUACAAGAGAAAGACCUUGUUGAUGGACAUACUUACAGGAGGCUUCUAUAUGUGAUUGAAGAUGAUUUUUGUGAUUCAAAUGACAAGCAGCAUUAGGUACUGAGCACUAGAGUUAUUUUAUUCCAAUUUAUGACAUAAUUCUGUUCUAUUUUUUACUGCUGAACUAGGAGCUUUUUUGUUCUCUGAUAAUAUAUUGGAGAGACUACAUCAAGCAUAUAAAAUUUUGUGCUGGAUCAAAUUGAUUGAAGUUGUGGCCUCAUAGUGGGUAGCAGCUGCUGCAGAGAUGAUUUGCUUCUUCUCUAGAAGACCUUAUUGGGUUGCAAUUCUUCAUGAAAAAUUUCUAUGUUUAUCCAGAGAAUUGCUUGAAUCAAUUGAUUGUGUUGAUCAGAUUGACUAGAAAUAGUGUUGUGUGUACUUUCAUUUGAACUGAAUAUAAGGAGAAUGUGAAAAUUAAGCAAUUAACAUGCUAGCAAUUUUGCAUUUCAUUAUGAUGGAUUGACUUGCAGGUUCUGAGAGAUGGUUUAACCUUGUGGUUCUUCAGACCAACAACUCUGUAUUACAUGAUUGUUUGACUGAGAGGUAAUGUUCCCUGUAUGGACAGAACUUGACUUCAUUUGGUUUAAUUGUGUCAGAUAAUGGUUUCAUUUCAGAGGCUAGAGAAAGCUAUCCAGAGAGUACUGUUAUCAUGUCAUGGCACCGAAGAGUGACAAUGUUGAUGGUAUUAAUAGAAAACUUUGAUGCCUUGGCUCAAUUCUCAUCCACACUCCGGAUCACCUUUGUUGGGUUGGUAUUCUGCCUCUUGUGAGGUUUCCAUGGGUUGUGAGGUUUGUGUGCGAGGUGGGUUCAUGUUUGCAAGGUUUGAGAACAGGAGAUGAAGCACUGGCAGCCAUGACCAGGCUGCAAGGAUUGAUAUUGGAAGGACAAUUGUGGUCAUUGAUAAAAAAAAACGAAAAAAAAGAAGUGGCCCUCACUUGAAGAGAAACAGGACUGCUAGAUUUUAUCACAUGGUAAUUGUAAUUGUUGAAUCACAUGCCCAUUGUAACUGUUGCUCCUUUCUUUUUCCCUCAAAGCUAUUUAUAUU